AUGACCUGUGGGUUUGUGAUAAAAUGUAUAUAUGGAGAGGAUGCUUAUUUUGUAGAACGGGGUGUGGUCGGGUCGUAAGUUCAUUAGGUCCAGGGUCCCCAGUUACCUCGCUGUCCCGCUGAUUACGAAUGGGUUAAUGCAGAGUAAAUGGCUGUCAAAGAUGAGAACAAAGCGGAAGCGUUCCACGAGGAGGUGGUGGACGGAGGCCCGUCUCAGGGCCAGGGCAGGUGGCGGCGGCGGCGGCGGCAUCCCAAAGGCUGCUGCUCUCCUUGGGGAAGGGCAGCCAGGGGUCAGCGGGUGGCGGCGGAUCUCUUGCUGGCAGCUGCGGGUGUCUUCCUCCUCCUCCCCCUCCCCCUCCCCCUCCCCCUCAUCACACAGUCACAGUCGCCGCCACGUCAAGGGAGUUUCCCAGCAGCUGCUGCAAAGAAACGAGGGUGAGGGGUCCGCUGCCAGCCGAGCCUCCCUCCCUCUUUCCCUCCUCUCGUUCCCUCCCUCCUGUCACCUCGCCGCCGGCGUUGCUGUGGGCUGCCGACCGGGCUGGGGGUGGAACUGGAGGAAAUAGCCUGACGUGGCCUAGCUUGGCUGCUGAGAGCGUCCCUGCCCGGGGCAGAAGGAUAGAGGCGCCCCAGCCCUCAUCAUGGAGACUCGCUACAACCUCAAAAGCCCGGCUGUGAAACGUUUAAUGAAAGAAGCUGCUGAACUGAAGGAUCCAACAGAUCAUUAUCAUGCACAGCCCUUAGAAGACAACCUUUUUGAGUGGCAUUUCACUGUCAGGGGUCCUCCAGAUUCAGAUUUUGAUGGAGGAGUUUAUCAUGGACGAAUCGUACUACCGCCAGAGUAUCCCAUGAAACCACCAAGCAUUAUUCUUUUAACAGCCAAUGGCAGGUUUGAAGUAGGAAAGAAAAUUUGCUUAAGCAUCUCAGGACAUCAUCCUGAAACAUGGCAACCAUCAUGGAGCAUAAGAACUGCAUUGCUCGCCAUUAUUGGAUUUAUGCCAACAAAAGGAGAGGGAGCCAUAGGAUCGCUAGACUACACGCCUGAGGAACGACGAGCACUUGCUAAGAAGUCUCAAGAUUUCUAUUGUGAAGGGUGUGGAUCACUUAUGAAGGAAGCCCUCUUACCAUUAUCAUCUGGAAGUGCCUCAAGCCAGGCUGACAAAGAGGCCAAGGAACUUGCCAGGCAAAUUAGUUUCAAGGCUGAAGUAAAUUCAUCUCGGAAAUCUGUUGCUGAAUCCACAGAGUCAUCAGGAUUUAGCCACUUGGCCAGUUCAUCUGAGCUCCAGCAAGAAACUGUGGCUCCAGCUUUCCAGGAUACAAUCACUGAUGAAGUGUCUGAAAAUCAGCCCAACUCAGCCACCUCCAGUCAAGAAGAGCGUACCCAGCCUGUAUCAAAUACUUCAGUGAGCCCUCGCCAACGAUGUGCACAGCAGAGAAGGGUACCAACUUCAACCAACUUCAAUCAGAUCCAGCAGCCAAGAGUCAACACAAGCCACAUGGGGUCAAAUAUGCUGAUUCUCCUCCUUGUUUUAGCAUUGGCAGCUCUUAUAUUCAGGCGAAUAUAUCUAGCCAAUGAGUAUAUAUUUGAGUUAUGAUUUUACCGUGUUCUUCAGAGCAGUGACUUGAAUGCUUUAUUAAAACACUCUGUGUUGGAUAUGUCAUGAAGACUGUUUACAUAAGAUUACUUUUUGUAUUUACUCAUUUUAAGUCUGGCAGUGUACCAUGAGGUACACUAAUCUCGGCAAAGAAGUACACCUUGAUAUUGGUGUGAAUAUGGACUACUAACUAUCUAUAUAAACUGAACAGGUAACUUGAGAACUGAUUUAGUGAAUAUAUUUGGCACUAGCUGGAUAUUUAAGGAAUGGAAGUCCUGAACAUCAUUCAUUUGAACUUUGGUGGAUAAUUUUAACUGACAAGAGUCACAAAAUAGUGGUUUAUGCUUUUAUGAUGCUGUUAUUGUUAUAGAAGUUUACCCAAGAAAGGGAUUCUUAAACUGAAAUGCAGAAUAUGUUUGCAUAGAGAGUGUUCUUAUAUUGAACAGGGAAGGGAAGUUGUUAAUAUUUUCUAAGUACAUUUAUUUCCUAGACAACAAAUUCGGGGGGUGGGGGACCUCCCUUAAAUUGUGGGAAAUGUUAUUUUUCAAUGAAGAUUAGGGGCCAGAACAUUGUUUCCUUUUAGUUUUGUUUUUAAUUGUCCAGUAGUUAGGAUAAUCUUUCGCGAGAUUUGAAUGUCAUUUUUCAUUAUUCAAUUGUGUGUAUUUUGUUUUUUAAAUUUCAAAAUUCUGGAAAUAGUUACAAAUAUGUAGCAGUUACCCAGGGCUUAUUAACUGUGACUUAUUCCUGAAAUAUGCAUUGUGCAUUGAAUUGACUUGUUUCAUGUACACAUCAUUAAAAACUUAAAAAAAAACACAA